AUGAAGUUCCUCAGUAUCGUCGUCUUAUCCUCCCUCGGUGUAGCUCUCGGUAGUUCCAAAGAGUAUUGCCAGCAGCUUUGCGACGAGACUCCCUCCUGUGCCACUUCCAGCUGGGGUUCAUACUGCAAGGGUAACGGUGUAUGCUUCGGUCUCCUGCAGAAGGGUGACGGUGAGUACUGCUUCCAACCAACCGACCCUUCAUGUGAUGACUCUGUUUACCAGCCGGUCUCUUGCCCAGUAGUGCCUCCAUCUUGUGAGGAUGUCUGUGAUGAUCUGACGAGCUGUCGAACCUCAAAGUGGGGCUCCUAUUGUAAGAGUUGGCAGAAUCCUCCUGUUUGCUUCGGUAUUCUCCAAAAGGCCGAUGGCAGUCUGUGUUUCGAGAGCACAGAGCCUGAGUGUGCUGGCACUCCUUACCCCUGCCCUAGUCUGUAG